AUGCUUGUUGUCACAACUACGGGCUACAUAGUCUGUGUAUUUGGUCCAUUUUUUUCGGAUAAUAGCAACAACGACGCGUCAAUUUUAAAGCGCAUAAUGAUUAAUAAUUAUGAUGAUAUAUUGAACUGGAUUCAAGAAAAUGAUAUUAGGAUCCCCGAUCGAGGUUUUCGUGAUUCAUUAGGUGUUUUAAAGUCUCUUGGUAUUGAUGUUGCUAUGCCAUCUUUCCUCGGCCGAAAACGAAAGCAAUUUGAUAUUCAAGAUGCCAACAAUUCUCGCUUCGUGACAAUGUUACGAUGGGUGACACCACUGGAUUGGCAAGAUAUAUUAAAAUAUUUUCGUGGUAGCGAACUCCAAAGUUAUUUUACAAAAAUUCUUGAAGAAAAUCUUAAACCUAUAUUUAAACGCCAGCAUGUUGAUCAAAUUCCACGAACUAUACAAGGUCUUGUACGUGAUUUAUUAGAUAAAACAGAUGAGUUGGAUAAUCAAGAUCAAAUAUAUGAAUCAUUCGAUUUAUCAAAUAUUAAAGAUCGACAAAUAUCUGAUUUAUCAGGUGAAGAAUUACAAAGAUUUGCAUGUGCUAUGGUUUGUAUACAAAAAGGAGAUAUAUUCGUGUUUGAUGAAUCAUCAAGUUAUCUUGAUAGUAAACAACGUUUAAAAGCUCCUCUGACUAUUCGAAAUGUUAUCCGAGAAAAUCGGUAA